GGGAGAAGCCGGCUGCUGUUUGAAGCCCUUUCGUUAACCAAUGAAGCAAGCUCUGAUUGCGCCUUCGUCAGUACUCAUUAACACCCAAAACCCAUUGUCCUCUUCCUUUAAAGCCCAGCAUAACACCCAUUUAAUCCUCUCUUUUAAUGCCAGAACUUCCUUUACAUUUCAAUACAAAAGUCCCAUUUUGAACCAAUCCAUGGCGCCAAGAAACACAAAAUCUAACAGAUGGUCACUCCAAGGCAUGACAGCACUGGUAACUGGCGGCACACGUGGAAUUGGACGUGCCAUAGUGGAGGAAUUGGCAGGACUUGGAGCAAGAGUGCACACUUGUUCACGUAAUGAAAAUGAGCUUGACAAGUGCUUAGUAGAUUGGAAAAGUUUGGAUUUUCAGGUUUCUGGUUCUAUCUGCGAUGUGUCUAUUGGAGUAGAAAGAGAGAGGUUAAUGGAAAAUGUUUCAUCUUUGUUUGAUAGCAAGCUCAACAUCCUUAUUAAUAAUGUUGGGACUAAUAUAAGGAAACCAAUGGUAGAGUUCACAGCUGAAGAAGUUUCAACUCUUUUGGCAACCAAUUUUGAAUCUGUUUUCAACUUAUGCCAACUUGCUUAUCCACUUCUCAAAGCAUCAGGAGUAGGAAGUGUUGUAUUCACAUCCUCUGUGUCUGGAUUUGUUUCACUCAAGUCCAUGUCGCUUCAAGGAGCAACUAAAGGAGCUAUCAAUCAACUUGCAAGAAAUUUGGCUUGUGAGUGGGCAAAGUAUAAUAUAAGGAGUAAUGCUGUUGCACCUUGGCACAUUAGAACCUCCAUGGUAGAGCAAGUACUCAGCAACCAAGAAUAUUUAGAAGAGGUGUAUUCUCGAACUCCUCUACAGCGUCUUGGUGACCCAACUGAGGUUUCAUCCUUGGUGGCAUUCCUUUGCCUGCCUGCAUCAUCUUACAUAACUGGUCAGAUUAUCUGUGUUGAUGGCGGCAUGUCUGUAAAUGGUUUCUACCCCAAAAAUUACUAGAAACCUUCAGUUAGUCAAUCAUGUCUUGUUUGUCUCUCUGUCCUUUCCUAUUUUACAGCAAGCCAAACACUGUUAAAAUUAAAAAGUUUCAGAUUAUCCUGAUUUUCA